GUAGAGGUGCAUUUGGAAUGGUUUAUACGACUACUUGUAGUUCAAUAAAAGAGGGAAUAGUUGUAAUAAAAGAUGUGCAUAUUACAUCAGAUGAUGACGAGGAAAAUAUUAAAAUUUUUAUUAAUAAG